AUGGCCGGAACUCUCGUUGAAAGGGCCGCGCAUCCGGUCAAUACCUCUUCUCUUGAUACCAAACUUGACGUUUCUGCUCGCCCUCGCAGCCAAUCUCACCUCGAAGCAGCAUUUUCUCCUGUCAACAACGAUGGCUGUUUUGAUUUUGACCGCGUGUUGAAGAGCGGCUACGUUCAGAAGCGCACGCAAAAGACAAAGGUUAUACUGACUCCUUUCCAGAAAUGGAAGCCUGUUUACCUUGUCCUGCGACCCAACACCCUCUCUUUGUACAAGAACGAAAGCGAGUCUCGACUACGACAUCAGCUUUACUUGUCCGAGCUUACAGCCGUCGCCGAAUUGAAGGACCCCAAGCAUAAGCGCGAGAAUGUUUUUGGCCUCUUUUCCCCGUCUCGCAACUACCACUUUCAAGCGAACUCCGCCGAGGAUGCUCGGGAAUGGAUGGAUUUGAUACGGAGAGAUGCGCGUAUCGACGAAGAGGAGGACGAGAUGUUCCUUGCUAGUCCACGUGCCUCUCAACAGCCUAAUAAUGGCAUCAAGCCGGUCUCUAUUGACAACAAUCGACCAAAUGAACAUGAGCGCUUUCUUUCCAGCUCCCCGGAACCAAUGGGAUCAUCUGCUCCCAGAUAUGUCACUUCGGCAGGGGGUAGGAGAAGAUCGUCGAUACUAGAGUCUUCGGGACUAUCGGGCGCGGAGUUCGCAUCGCACUCCGACCUUUCCGACAAUGAAGCUUUCCGUCCCCAGGAUUCGUCCUACGAUAGUUUUGCUGUUCAAUCGCCUGGAAAUCUACCUCCAGCGGUUCGCCCACCAGGUCAAGGUAUCCGAUCUGCGAGCCAAACGAGCGUGUCCAAUGUUGAGCAAGACCCUGACCGUGUCAUAUGGCAAGGCCGGCUCUACCUCUUGCGCCACCGACGUGGCAUGCGCCAGUGGAAGGAUAUGUGGGCUGUUCUUCGCCCACGUAACCUCAUUCUCUACAAGGACGAGUCUGAAUACACAGCUCGGUGGAUUCUACCGCUCUCUGCCGUCGUCAACGUCGUCGAUCUGGAUCCUCUCAGCAAGAGCAAGAAGCAUUGCCUUCAGGUCAUUACUGAAGAAAAGAGCUACCGUUUCUGCGCUCACGAUGAAGACGCUCUUGUUCGCUGCAUUGGCGCCUUCAAGAGUUUGCUUGCUAAGCGUCGCGAACUUGAGGCUCGCGCUGCCGCGACGGCCACAUGA